CGCACCGACACGCAGCGAGCAGCGACAGACGGCCGCCAGCUGCCGCCGCCUCCCGGCCACUAUGGAUCUAUUCGACUUUUUCAGGGACUGGGACUUGGAACAGCAGUGUCACUAUGAACAGGAUCGUAGUACACUUAAAAAAAGGGAAUGGGAACGAAGAAAUCAAGAAGUUCAACAAGAAGAUGAUCUCUUUUCUUCAGGCUUUGAUCUUUUUGGGGAGCCCUACAAGGUAGCUGAAUAUACAAACAAAGGGGAUGCCCUUGCUAACCGAGUCCAGAACACUCUUGGAAGCUAUGAUGAAAUGAAGGAUCUACUGACUAACCAUUCCAGUCAGAAUCAUCUGGUGGGCAUACCAAAGAAUUCUGUGUCCCAAACUCCUAUCAGCAAAAGUGAAGCAAGCUUUUAUUCAGAACAAAAGAAUCGAAUGAUCCCAUCUCACCAGGAGAAUACUCACUCCUCAGCACCAAUGCCUCCACCUUCAGUCGUGAUACUGAAUUCCACACUAAUACACAGCAACAGAAAAUCGAAACCUGAGUGGCCACGAGAUAGUCACAACACUAGCCCUGGACAACCAAGCCAGGCCAGUAGUCAGUCAAACAAGAUGCAGUCAUCCACACAGGAUCUGCCUCAAACCCGACUAGAAGACUUCUUUGUCUACCCAGCUGAGCAACCUCAAAGCGGUACAGUUGAAAAAUCAAAUUCAUCUGCAAAGGAAGAUAGUAACACCAAGUCUGGAGAAGAUGCUUUCAAAGAAAUAUUUCAGUCUAACUCACCAGAAGAAUCUGAAUUUACAGUGCAAGCACCUGGGUCUCCCCUAGUUGCCUCGUCUUUAUUAGCACCCAGCAGUGGCCUUUCAGUCCCGACCUUCCCACCAGGGCUUUAUUGCAAAACAAGCAUGGGGCAACAAAAGCCAACUGCAUAUGUAAGGCCAAUGGAUGGGCAGGACCAGGCAACUGACAUCUCUCCAACACUGAAGCCUUCCAUUGAAUUUGAGAACAGCUUUGGAAACCUCUCCUUUGGAUCACUGUUGGAUGGGAAACCCAGUACAACCAGUUCAAAGACUAAACUGCCAAAAUUCACAAUCCUGCAAACAAGUGAAGUAAGCCUUCCCAGUGAUGCAAGCUGUGUUGAGGAAAUCCUGCGGAGCAUGACCCAUUUGGAACCUGCUUCUCUGAUUGACAUACACAUUCCUGGAAUCUCCAACCAGAACACAUUUUCUGUCUCAGGACAGGAAUCUCAGCAUCUGACUCCAGGAUUUACCUUACAAAAGUGGAAUGACCCAACCAGCAGAGCUUCUACAAAGUCAGUAUCAUUGAAAUCGAUACUUGAGGAUGACCUGAAGCUGAGCAGUGAUGAAGAUGACCUUGAGCCUGUGAAGACCUUGACAACUCAAUGCACAGCCAAUGAGCUCUACCAGGCUGUUGAAAAGGCAAAACCUAAGAAUAAUCCUGUGAACCCACUCUUGGCCACACCGCGGCCUCCACCUGCAGUGCAAGCAAAUGGGGGGUCUGGAAGCUCCAGUGAGUCAGAGAGUAGUUCAGAAUCGGAUUCAGACACUGAAAGCAGCACUACCGACAGUGAAUCCAAUGAGGCUCCUGGAGUGGCCACUCCAGAGCCUGAGCCACCCUCCACAAACAAAUGGCAGCUAGACAAAUGGCUAAACAAAGUCACAUCCCAGAAUAAGUCAUUUAUUUGUGGCCAAAAUGAGACACCUAUGAAGACCAUUUCUCUGCCUCCUCCAAUAAUACAACCAGUGGAAGUCCAGGUCAAAGUGAAACCAAACCCCAGCCAGGCUGUGGCUGGACCCAAAGAAAGACCUCUCCUCAGCCUCAUUAGGGAGAAAGCGCGACCAAGGCCCAAUCAAAAAGCCCCAGAAACAAAGGCUUUGAAGCAUAAGUUGUCAACAUCAGUUGAUACAGUUUCUCAAAGGACAAUUGGGAAGAAACAGCCCAAAAAAGUUGAGAAAAACACCAGCUUUGAGGAGUUUACUUGGCCCAAACCAAAUAUUACCAGCAGCACUCCCAAAGAAAAAGAAAGUGUAGAGUUUCCUGAUCCACCUCGAAGCCGUAACAAAACCACUGCCCAUAAACCAGUCCCUAGAAAAGAACCAAGGCCUCAUGCCCCUUUGGCCACCGAGAAGAAGAAGUUUAGGGGGCCUGGGAAGAUUGUGCCAAAGUCCCGGGAAUUCAUUGAAACAGAUUCAUCUACAUCUGACUCCAACACAGACCAAGAAGAGACCCUGCAGAUCAAAGUACUGCCUCCUUGCAUUGCUCCUGGAAAUAACACUUCUAAAUCCAAGGAUACUUCUAAUGCUAGCCUGACCCUUACCACCUUGACCACCAGCAACAGCAACAGCAGCAACUUACCCACCAGCAAUGAGGAGACAGUUUUUUCACCUCCUCCUGCCAUGCAAACUGAGCUUUUGUCCCCUCUACGGGAUCAUGAAAAUCCAAAAAACCUAUGGGUGAAGAUUGACCUUGACUUACUUUCAAGAGUGCCUGGCCAAAACAAAGUCCCAGCAACACCUGCCAAGACAGAGCACAAGGAGAUUGCCUCAAAACCGAAGCGUCAAACUGCUGCCACCGCUGUGGAAAAACUAGCCACUAAGGGCAAGCGUAAGCAUAAGCCAGCAGAAGCUGCAGAGAAAAUCCCUGAGAAGAAGCAACGCCUGGAGGACAACACUACUAUCUGCUUGCUUCCUCCUUGCAUUUCACCAGCCCCACCCCAUAAGCCUCCCAACACUAGAGACAAUUCAUCCAGGAGAGCAAACAGGAAAAAAGAAGAAAAGCUGUUUCCUCCUGCGCUUUCCCCACUGUCAGAGGACCCUCCACGUCGCAGAAAUGCCAGUAGCAACAAUGGGCUCUUCAGUCAAGACAAAAACGUCUCAAUGGCUGGACCACUUACCUCUACCAAACCUAAGAGAAGUGAAGGCAAAUUCUGUGCUACUUUCAAAGGGAUAACCAUAAACGAGGGAGAUACUCCAAAAAAGGCUGCCUCUGCUACCGUUACUGUCACCAAUACAGCUAUUAUCACUGCCACUGUCACAGCUACUGCCACCACCACUGCCACGGCCACUAUCACAACCACCACUACUACUAUUUCUACCAUCACCUCUACAAUUACUACUGGCCUUAUGGAUAGCAGUCACCUGGAGAUGACAUCCUGGGCAGCUCUGCCCCUCCUGUCCAGCAACAGCACCAAUGUCCGGAGACCCAAGCUCACUUUUGAUGACUCUGUUCACAAUGCUGAUUUUUACAUGCAAGAGGCUAAGAAGCUGAAACACAAAGCUGAUGCACUGUUUGAGAAAUUUGGCAAAGCUGUUAAUUAUGCUGAUGCAGCCCUCUCCUUCACUGAAUGUGGCAAUGCCAUGGAACGUGAUCCUCUGGAAGCAAAGUCUCCAUAUACCAUGUAUUCUGAGACUGUGGAGCUCCUCAGGUAUGCAAUGAGGCUGAAGAACUUUGCAAGCCCCUUAGCUUCUGAUGGGGACAAAAAGCUAGCAGUAUUAUGCUACCGAUGCUUGUCACUUCUCUAUCUGAGGAUGUUUAAACUGAAGAAGGAUCAUGCUAUGAAGUACUCCAGAUCACUAAUGGAAUAUUUUAAGCAAAAUGCUUCAAAAGUUGCUCAGAUACCAUCUCCUUGGGUAGGCAAUGAAAAGAAUACUCCAUCCCCAGUAUCUCUAAACAAUGUCUCUCCCAUCAAUGCAAUUGGGAAUUGUAACAACGGUCCUGUCACCAUCCCCCAGAGAAUCCACCACAUGGCUGCUAGCCAUGUCAAUAUUACCAGUAAUGUGCUUCGGGGCUAUGAACACUGGGAUAUGGCUGACAAACUGACAAGAGACAAUAAAGAAUUCUUUGGCGAUCUGGAUACACUGAUGGGGCCUCUGACCCAGCACAGCAGCAUGACCAAUCUUGUCCGCUACGUUCGCCAGGGACUGUGUUGGCUGCGCAUCGAUGCCCAUUUGUUGUAGUGGGUGCUCUCCCAAAUCUAGAAUCAGCACCCAUUCCCCUACCUUUACCAGUGCCUUGAUGGUCACUGGUGGAACUCCACUCAUUUGGGAAAGUUCUCUUUCAUUAUGUUUGUUUUUAUGCAUUUUUGAUAUUUGUGAAAAAAUGAAGUCAUUGUUAGUGGACACUACAACUUGAGAGAAGUGUAUGUUUUAUUUUUCAAUAUUUGAUAUGUGUUUCUCAUAUCUCAUGAUUUUUGUGCUUUAUGGAAUGAAAAUCCCUAUAAUAUUGAUUUAAGUCCACAUGAUUCAAAACAAAGAAUGAGAAGCACAUGUGAUGACGAGAGGCUCCUGAGAACUCAAACAAGAGGUCUAACAUACACAUGAACAAGGGACCUGCAGAGAUUCUGGCAGUAGCCAUUCCCCAAACUAUACUUCUGGGUCCAGAAAAGAAUGUAUUUCAGAAUCCAUUGCUAAACAAUAUCUGUGCUUCCCACAGACUAAAUCUUCAGGUGAGAAUCUCCAUUGUCAAACCCCACAGAUUGGAUGUUUUAACUACAGUAUAAAGUGAAGAGUAGCAAGAAAAGUACAAGCAUAAGAAUUCUACUCUUGCAGUGACACAACCAGAAGACUCUUUUGUUAACAUCCUGUUCCUGAUUACCUACUUUUCUACUAUUUUAAUGGUGAGAAGGAGGAGUAAUACUUAUUUGGAUAACUUUAUGUCAUUAGGUUAACUCCUCACCUGGGAUUAUUUGUGCGAAGUUCCCUUUACAAGGAGCAGUUUGGCAGAUGCAUAUCUUAGUUAUCAAAAUAACACAUUCGUCUUAGACUUGAGGAAUCAGACUGGCCUGAAAGAUGUCCCUCAAAAAAAUCCAUGCUUCUGCCUCAUUUGCAGCCAGUAGGCAAAUCCUUACCUUCAAGUACUAUGAUAGAUUUGCAUAUCAAAUCUGUGAAAUCAAAAGUCAUGUUACUACUUCCUAGAAUUAAUUUCCUAGUAUCCUCUCUAUCUGUACUUUCCAAAUAUUAUCCACAUUUUAUAUUUUCUAGAACUUCUUUUUUUCUUUCCCCUUUCUUUUGUUAUUUCUUUCAGGAGCUCUUGGCUAAAAUACAAUCACUGAUUUUUAUUAAAGUUUAUAUUAGUAUAAAUCAUUUAUAUGAAAAGUUGAAAGACAACACUUAACUCUCUAAGUAAGACCUAACUUUUCUUUUUAAAAAACAAAAAUCCUGAAGUAGUGCUUCACCCUGGAAUCUUUGGAAAUACUCCUGAAGUUUGGGAACAGUUCUCCUAAUUUGGAGCAUUUCCUUAUGAGUUAUGACUAUCUCUCCUUCUUAUCCUCUACAUUCAUCUUAUGUCUCUAAACAUUACCCUGUAAAUAUCAUCUUCAGUGUUCCAGCUCACCAGAAAAACUCUUCAGCUAUACUAAACACUAUGCGUUCAUUAGUUACUUGUAAUUGCCUGCUGGCAUAUAAUUCCAUGUAACCUUUAAUCUGCUGAGUUAUUGAAUUCUGUUCACUGAGUUAUGACCAGAUAAACAAUAGAUAUGUACAUGAAAGAUGCAGACUUGUAUGAUUUCUAAAGUGAGUCAUGCAGCUCUGUGAUAAGAACAGCAGGCAAUCACUCUGUACUCUCAUUGGAAAGGCUAGGUACUUUCCCAGUUCUGCUCUGAUCAUAUUUGAAUUGAAGGCCCUUUGUUGUAUAAUAAAGUUAUGGAAGUUGCAUUCCAAUGGCUAAAGCCAAGCUGUUUCUACAGGUGAUGGGUGCACCCCUGCAGCUAAAGCCUGCACUUCUUAUGCUCCCAGUGUGGUUGAGCUUUAAGUCUACAGUUUCAGCAACAAUAUUUACAUAUGUACACACACAAAUGAAAUCUAAACCUUUUCUGUGCCUCUUAAGUGAGGAAAAUGAAAACAUGAAAGACAGAACACCCCAAAUGGUUGUCACUUGAAAAAAAAAUUAGCUGAUGUCUUUGCAGUAACUCAAGUUCUCUAUUUUCUUUGGCCUACCAGGAAACUUUCCUGGCUAUUACUUAACAAUGAUGCCUACUUGCUUGACUUGUAAAUUAAACCUAGUCCAUGAUCCUAGACCAUCAUAGAUUUACACACAGAUUAUUUUUGAAAUUAAGUCUCCAGUAACUAGAAAUUAGAGUGGUACGGCAGUUUUCCAUAGAAACAAGCAUAUUGACACAUAGGUGAAAGACUUGUAGCUCUGGUUUCCAUAAUUCAUUUUAUCUUCUUAUAUACAACAGGGAGGCAAGAGGAUGCUCUGUCAUCUGUGGUGGCUGAACAUAAAGUAUCAUGUCAGCACGAUGAUUAUCAAAUGGACAGUCAAGCUCUGGAUCACCACCUGAUUAUUUAGUAGACCCACUUGUAACAUAGCUUAGAAAUCAAUUAAACAUGAAGAAUGAAAUAUCUUCCUAUCCCUGGAGAUGGGGUGUCUCUGGUUUCCUAAUUAAGAAUUGUUACUGUUUUCUAGGCACUCUGGUCAUCACACUACAAAUGGUGAUGUGCAUCAUGGGUAUGCAGAUAUCUUCAGGAUUGAAAGAUUGAGGACUUUUUCAAGGGAAUCUCUUCAGUGUACCAGUUAAGUGGGAGGGAUAUGAGAAAUGUGGAUGGCAGUGACAGAUUGUGCCUCUUGAUAUUGGUGGAGGCUUGGUGAGUCACAGCCAAACAAGUCUCUACAGGUGUGGUGAUGGGCAGAGUAAUAGGUAGCCCCCGCACCUAAGCAAAUACAAGAAACAAGCACAGCCCUACAACAUGACCCAGGAGGGCCAGCACUAUGCCUUCAUUUAUCACACAAGCUCCAACCACAGAGAGUCUGACAAGUUUGUGUUAUGAUGUUGGCUUGGCUUUGUAUCUUUAAUUAACUUUGGAUUUUUUAGUGGUUUUGUCAUAUUACUAUCUGAGUUUUGUAGGUAGGAUUAAUUUGAAAAGAGAUUGAUAGUGUGAUCCUUGGGGUAGAAUUUACCUAUAAGCGUGUUGUUAGCCAGCCUGUAGACUGUCAAUUGCUUAAUAAUCUCAUUGGAAAAAACUAGUAGUUUUAUAUUCAGAUGACAUAAUUAAAAAAAGCAGACUAGCUUCUGCGACAUUUUAAAGACUUAAGGCUGAGAUAUCUUUUUGCUUUCAUGUAGUGAAAUGAAAAGAUCCAAAUCUUUAGUCAAAAGUAGCAAAAUUAGAUGCCAUUAUCUAAAAUGUGUUUUGUUGAGUUUUCAAGUGGAUGGAUGGUUAAACGCAUUGGAUUUGGUCUGCAUUGGAAAGAUGCUAGUUCUACUGUACCUGAAGCUAUCUAAAUUGGAUUUUGUUUUAUCCAAAGUUGGAUCCCGGAGGUUGAAGUUAGAGUUUGAAGUUGAAAGUGACUUUUGAAGGCAGACUCAAUUAAGUUGUGAGGGUGAAGCCCUUACUUCCUUCUCAACAGACAUAAUAAAAUUCACCUGCAUAAGUUAGCAGGUGGGACAAUCAAACUGGAUCGCCGGGUAGGACUACUCAGUAAAGCAAUGAACUGCUUGCUUACAGAAGCAUCACUAUCCCCAUUGAAAAAAAUGUGUGGCAAGUUGAAACAGCUACACAAUACCAAACAAAUGGGUGAUUCAGUGCCCCCAAAUUCAACUCUGUGGGGAAAAAUAUUGAACCAGUUGUCAGUGUCCUAUUACAACUGGCACUCAAUUCUUUGUCAUUGUUGUUCUUGUCGUUGCUGUUGUUUUGCAUUUCCACUCACACAGCCUUAUUCUCAUAAUUAAACUCUGAUUCAUUUCUCUCCGGUGUUAGCAAACUCCAAUGACAGAAAUGGCAUCUGUGUAUUGAUAAUCAGCAUUUACCCUGGGAGGGGACUAAUCUGAUAGGCUGGUCUCAGAAGUUAAUCCUACCAUCUGAUAUUUCCAGAAAAAGAGAAAGUGUUAGUUCCCUUUCCAUUCCCCUCCUCAUGAAUCUAGAAGCCCUCUGUACCAAAAGCAUCACAUUUUUUUCUCUGUAAUCUUUUAACAAAAAGAAAAUCACAUUGUGGGGAGGGCAGAGGGGGGUGUGGGUAGAGGGUGGAGGGUGGGAAAGCCCUUGGAGGCUAGACUGCAGUUCAUGUCCCUUCCUGCUUCUGACAUAAAAUGUUAAAGAAUCAUUCAUAGUGCUCACACUGGGUUAGGGGACACUGAACUGCUUUUCAGAUCCAUGGUCAAUCAUUCUUCUGAGAUUGGAGCUUUGCUGUUUCAUUAACUGUGCAGUGUAGACUAAUGGUGUUUAAUAAAAAUCAUUCAAAAUUGCAAA